UAAGAUGCUAUUAUUAUUACUUAUAAUAGCCUCCCUGCCUUGCAUUGUUCCUCGGUUUCAUUUUUAUACACGCAACGCAACCAUCAGGAACUCAAAACGACAACGAGAACAAUAUCGAACGGCCUAGGGUCCCUGAAAUAUUUUCUCCGGAUCGAAAAAUCAUGCGAGGCCACGAAGCGAUAGAGGUAGCGAAAACCGUCAUGGAGGUGGCUGACGUGGCAUGGACAGCCGUCGAAUGUUGCCACCAUCACCAUGAGGGGACUGAAACAAUGCCCACCGUGUCUAGGGAGGACUUGGAGUCACUUAAAUCGGAGAAUCGCCGUUUAAGGAACUUGCUGGAGCAGAAUCUUAAGCUGCUUGAAAAUUUGUCUAAGUCGCCUCGUUUGUUAAAUGACUGUCCUCCUGAUUUGUAUGCACGGCUAGUGGCUACCGUCGAUUCCAAGGAAUUCUUAUCUAGGCUAAAAAAAUUUCGUCAUGAAUCGAUUAAUGGAACUGGGGUUGAAUUUCCUUUCAAAGAGGCUACAGAUGAUGACGUGCGUUCGGCCGGAAUUUUGAUUAAUGUUGAUCAAGAAAAUCCCAGUUGGUGGGUUUGGGUGACGGAUGAAAUGGCACCAAGUAAUGUUGAGGAGUGGAGUGGAAUUGAUGAUGAGAGUUAUGUAGUCGUUAACGAGGAGCAUGUGGUUGAUGGGGUUGCCAAUUUCAUGGCUAAAUGCAUUUUUUCCAACCCAAAAGCUCAGAAUGUAACACCAGAGGAGCUGCAGAAAAUUCUGGCAAAAGCAUUGGGCAGUGGGGGCAAAUUAAGCAAAUUGGAGAAGAUUUUUGGUAUCUGGCAUGCUGGAAAGACGUUUUAUGCACUUUCCACCUGGGGACUUGCACUGGCAGGGUUGUAUAGGAGUCGCACUGUACUUAAACUUGCUGCAAUGGGUGUUCGCACGACCAGCAAAGUUGUUCUCAAGGCUCUCUGAAGUUGGAAUUUCCACUGAAAUGAAUUCACCCAAUGAUGUAGACUAACCAUAUCAAUAAUAGGGGUUGGGUUAUCAAUUUGAGCGGGAAGCUAAAAACUCGAUUGUUCUCGAUUGCUUGUCAAGUGUGCAUUAUUUUGAUAUGUAGAUGCUGUAAAUAUGUUGGCUUUGUAUUGUGCCAUUCAAUGACAUUAAUGUUGAUUGAUUUCGACACAACCCUUGUGAAGAUAAUCAAUCUUCUGUUUAUCUCGAA